AUGAUUUAUUUAAAAUUUGUCUGUAUUCAAUUAUUAUUUAUAAUAUUUUCAAAUCGAGUAUUAACACAAUCAUUUGAAGAUAUUGAUAAUAAUAAUAAUCAACAUAUUAUUCCAUUAUGUGGUUGUUUUUAUAGUAUAGCACAACUUGAACAAAUUGGAUUGAAUAAAGAUAAUAAUGAUCAAACUGAAAAUAUUGACCAAAAUGUUCUUAAAUUAAUAAAACGACGUCCACAAGCAAAAUUUAAUCUUGCUGGAUUAUGGGGUGUACCAACAAAAUUUGCUUGA